AUUAUUUACAUUCCGCAGACUGCAACAAAAGACGUGAAAGAUGAAAUGAAGAUUAAACUUCAUAUGGACGGUGACGUUAACGGGUACAAGUUCAAGAUUGAAGGAAAUGGACAAGGAAGGCCUUACGAGUAAGUAAAAAAAGUUAAAUCACUGAAGCAGGCUUCAGACCUCAUUGCUUCAAACUGGUAUGUUCAGAAGAGAUUUCAGUAUACAUUUUUGGUUUUGCUUGUGUGUAAGAGAUUAACCACCAAAAUUAGUCUCACCUGACCCUAUGUCUUUCAGCCAUAGCACUGCAGACAAAAUAUGCUGUUUUAGCUUCCUAGCCUUUGAUCGUCAUGGCAAAGAACUAAGUAACCUACGAAAGUCAUAGUAAGGAAGCCUUUUACGAAGUUUCUUCCUGACCUUGCCAAGAAAUCGAUAGCUAAAACUUACCUAACCUUGCCAUCUAUUUUUCCCAAGAAUUUACGACUAACAGUUUUGUUUUUCUUCAGUUAACAAGGCCAGAUAGCAAGGUCUGAGUGAGUUUUGUGCGUUUUUCUAAACCAAGAAGAAUUUAAUUAGAAAAAAAACCUUUUUUGUCUCAAUAUCUAUUGUUAUUUAGGGUUGAACGACACACCCUGUGAGGUGUGGUCAGAUCAUGAAGUGUCUUGCCAUUUCACCCCUCCUUUUCUUCAUGAUUAUGUCAUUUCAGCCAUGUUGCUUUUUCCAAAGCAAGCAGUAGGACUGACUCCGUAUCAAAUACUGAGUUAUAUAAACAAGAAAGUCAUUUACUCAGACAAUACGGUGUUUUAGGAUAUAAUAUGAAAGCUCACGAUGUAACCAUGGAAACUGAAGUUCCUUUUAGCGGUUUUGAAACCUUGAGUUAUGGCCCUUCAUAAGCGAAAUAAAGAUUACCUUACGUUGAUAAGAACUGGGCAAAAUUGCGGUGGUAUGUGCGUUGUAUAUAAAUUCUACGUUUUCUUACUAAUAUUUGAUUUGUCGUUCAUGUUGUUUUAGGGGAGUACAAACUAUAAAUCUUACAGUUACAAAUGGUGGACCUCUUCCUUUCGCUUUCGAUAUUCUCACAGCAGCGUUCGAGUACGGCAACAGGGUAUUUACCCAAUACCCACCAGACAUACCAGACUAUUUCAAACAGACUUUUCCUGAUGGGUAUUCCUGGGAAAGAACCAUGGAAUUUGAAGACGGCGCCAAAUGUGAAGUUAAAAGCGUCAUCAGGUUAGUAAAAUGUAAAACCUGCAGAACUCAGUACUUAAGUCUUUUAAGUCGUUGCAGUCCUCCGCCGUUUUCAUCUAGCUUUCAUAUAAUUUUUUUGCGGUCUAAAUCGUAGUUUCGACCAGUUGAAACUAUCGUUUUUAGCUUUUCUAUCGCCUUCAUGCUUUGCAAUUACUGCCCGGGAUAGUGUCAUUGAUUAAAAAAAUGUUUAAACUAGAGUUGUAAGGCUCUUUUUCAAACUAGUGCUCGUAAAGAGGAAAAAAAAAGGAAAAAAGAAACAUCAAAUUUUUAUCUUUUAUUUAUGCUGUACAUAUAUAAGUUGCUAAGAAUGUUUUUGGUAUCUUCACAUUGUCGCGUACACUUAAUAGUAAAUCUCGCCCUUCUUUCAUCAGCUUGCCGAAAGCGGGCUGUUUUGAAUAUAAGAUUGUCUUCAAUGGGAUGGGCUUUCCUCCCAAUGGUCCAGUUAUGCAGAAGAAGACUGUGAAAUGGGAGCCAUCCACUGAGAUGAUGUACAUGUGUGGUGGGGAGCUGAAGGGUGAUGUUAACAUGGCCCUGUUGCUUGAGGAUGGUAGCCAUCACCGAUGUGACUUCAAAAGCACUUACAAGUAAGUGUUUACGUCUUAAGUAUUCUGAUGAAUCUAACACAAGCAAUAGAGAACGUUUUUUGAGCUUGCAUACUGAUGUACCACUUGUUUUGCAAAAAAAAGAUGUUAUCAAAAUGCGAAUUUUUCUUGCUAAAAAUUAGUGUCUUAAAUGGAUUUCUUUCUGCUUUAGAAGUCUGUUUGGUUAAUUUGGAGCUGCCGUACAACUAUUAAUCCAGUGUUCAGAUGUCUUAGGGGAACGUUUGGGUCAUUUCGAGAUUUCUAAGCAAUAUUCAGUGUUCCUUGAAGUAGAUAUCUUGCAGAAAAAGGCAGUUUGGAGUUGGGUAUCCUUCUGAAGACGUCACCUUAAGCAGAAAAAAAAUUGAUGCGGCAUAUUUGAAAAUAUCGUCCUUAAGCAGUUGAGGAAAUUGAUAAAUAAGACAGUUAGAUUACUAGAGUUUCCAUCUCCUAAAACUUUUCCAAUUGGUACGUGCUUAUUAAUAAGGGAUAAUCGCCCACGCAGCAAAAUCUUGUCUGACAUUUCAACUAUAAUUUUAUAUUCCCUCAGUGCCAAUUAACAAGCCUGCAGCUAAUCAGAGCGCGCAUUUUAUCUUAAGGCGCUUAUCAUUUGUCAGAACUGGCUGGCCAGACUAGUCCAAUCCUAAGGAGAAAUACACUAUUAAUCAGGGCUAUCCAGCCAGAUCAGUUUAUUCCUAAAUGGUAUGCUCGGAUGUGAUGGGCUUUAGUAGAAAUUUCGAGGAAAGACUAAUGUUUCAUUUCAACUGAAUUAACUGCUCCUGACUUUUGCAAAGCGCUUUAUUUAGUUAUUCUACAUAAGGAAUAAGCAAAAAAUUCCAUCAAGACAUCGGAAUUAAGCCGUUAACUUGUAAUUUUAGUAUUCGGCUAAGAUACAUGUUCGCGCAACCUGAUGAUGUACUGUUUUGUGCUGAUCUCAGUUCUUUUCUUUUUUGCAGAGCUAAGAAGCCUGGUAUUCAGUUGCCGAAAUAUCACUACAUAGACCAUCGCAUUGAGAUUUUGGAGCAAAAAGAUAAUUACAACCAGGUUGUGCUGUAUGAGAAGGCUGCUGCUCGAUAUUCUCCGUUUCCAGUUAAGGCCGCCAAAUAAAUAAAAGGCUUAAAGGGCGAAGAGAAAAAAAGUCUUUCUGUGUUUAAGGCAUGUGCUCGGAAUAAGUUUUGUUGCAUUCAAGAAUUCGUUUCUGGAUUGGUUAGAGUAUAUAUAGCUGUAGAGUUCAAGUAAAACAAAAUAAGCUUUAUUUGUCUUUUUUUUUUCUUACUUUUGCAAGAUUUCAUCAUAGGGAUAGAGUUUGUUAAACUCACUUCUAAACAAAUACAAUAAAAAUACUGUAGCUGGGAAUUAAACUUGUUGCAGAAUUCGGGCUUUGUUGAGGUUCAUUUGUUUUGUUUGUUCGGCUUGUUUGAAUGUGUUUUUCUGCGGACUUGGAGAGUGACUUUUUUCGUUAAUACUGUCAACAAAUCAGUUAAUUUCUUCCCUUGGUUUUUGGAAUGCAUUGUGGUUGCUUCUAAAAAUCUUGUUUCGAUUCUUUUGAGACAUUUUAGCCGCUUUAAAUAAUCGAUUUCCUAAAUUAUCUGUUACUGGCACGGCGGAGAGAUAUUUAUCUUCAACCGGCUCUGCCUCUCUCUCUGACUAAAACGUGUCAUUAAAAAACACGUUCAGCUAACAAAUAACCCUGUAAUGAUGUUUUCAACAGAACCUGUACUCUUGACCUAAAAAACAUAUUCCAGCUGCUUACGUUACACUGGUUACUCAUCAGAUUUCUCCACAUCAUUCGUCACAAACCGUACGUGAGACCAUUUGACUUAUGAGGAAUUUUAAAAGUGUGGUUCCCUCAUAGCAAAGGCCUCAGCCAUCGGGAAAAAUGUAUAUUUCUAUGGGAGUAUCCGUCGUAAAGGUUCAUUCAGUCGUGAAUAUACAAUGCAGUAGGUAGGUCAUGAGUUUGAUCCACAAUAUAGUCAAUAAUUAUACAAUACAAUAACCUUUUUUGAAGGAGAAGACGUCAUAACAUUUUUACCGGUUUUGCAACUUAAGGCCUGGCCCUGGAUGUUAAAACAUUGGAUAGAGCUAUCCAUCGGACAAAUCACUAACCAGUGGAUAAGUAUUAGAACUUAAGCGAUUGCACUAUCCACUGGAUAGAGAUUUAUCAUGCACCUUUUGAACAACUGGGCUCUGGUUGAUAAAACUGAUACCUCGGUAAGUUCAAACUCUGCAUAGUGCUUUAUGUUCACACAUGUUUCAACAGUCCAAGGGCUAAUUGUUCCGGUCCAUAUUUUACCCUGAGUGGAUAAGUAUAUUAGCCGGAUUUAUCCCGUGUGGGAUACCGUUCAACUGGCGCCUUUAUCAUGAAUAUUUAUAUACGGUAUACGAAAGCGGGCUGUUUUGAAUAUAAGAUUGUCUUCAAUGGGAUGGGCUUUCCUCCCAAUGGUCCAGUUAUGCAGAAGAAGACUGUGAAAUGGGAGCCAUCCACUGAGAUGAUGUACAUGUGUGGUGGGGAGCUGAAGGGUGAUGUUAACAUGGCCCUGUUGCUUGAGGAUGGUAGCCAUCACCGAUGUGACUUCAAAAGCACUUACAAGUAAGUGUUUACGUCUUAAGUAUUCUGAUGAAUCUAACACAAGCAAUAGAGAACGUUUUUUGAGCUUGCAUACUGAUGUACCACUUGUUUUGCAAAAAAAAGAUGUUAUCAAAAUGCGAAUUUUUCUUGCUAAAAAUUAGUGUCUUAAAUGGAUUUCUUUCUGCUUUAGAAGUCUGUUUGGUUAAUUUGGAGCUGCCGUACAACUAUUAAUCCAGUGUUCAGAUGUCUUAGGGGAACGUUUGGGUCAUUUCGAGAUUUCUAAGCAAUAUUCAGUGUUCCUUGAAGUAGAUAUCUUGCAGAAAAAGGCAGUUUGGAGUUGGGUAUCCUUCUGAAGACGUCACCUUAAGCAGAAAAAAAAUUGAUGCGGCAUAUUUGAAAAUAUCGUCCUUAAGCAGUUGAGGAAAUUGAUAAAUAAGACAGUUAGAUUACUAGAGUUUCCAUCUCCUAAAACUUUUCCAAUUGGUACGUGCUUAUUAAUAAGGGAUAAUCGCCCACGCAGCAAAAUCUUGUCUGACAUUUCAACUAUAAUUUUAUAUUCCCUCAGUGCCAAUUAACAAGCCUGCAGCUAAUCAGAGCGCGCAUUUUAUCUUAAGGCGCUUAUCAUUUGUCAGAACUGGCUGGCCAGACUAGUCCAAUCCUAAGGAGAAAUACACUAUUAAUCAGGGCUAUCCAGCCAGAUCAGUUUAUUCCUAAAUGGUAUGCUCGGAUGUGAUGGGCUUUAGUAGAAAUUUCGAGGAAAGACUAAUGUUUCAUUUCAACUGAAUUAACUGCUCCUGACUUUUGCAAAGCGCUUUAUUUAGUUAUUCUACAUAAGGAAUAAGCAAAAAAUUCCAUCAAGACAUCGGAAUUAAGCCGUUAACUUGUAAUUUUAGUAUUCGGCUAAGAUACAUGUUCGCGCAACCUGAUGAUGUACUGUUUUGUGCUGAUCUCAGUUCUUUUCUUUUUUGCAGAGCUAAGAAGCCUGGUAUUCAGUUGCCGAAAUAUCACUACAUAGACCAUCGCAUUGAGAUUUUGGAGCAAAAAGAUAAUUACAACCAGGUUGUGUUGUAUGAGAAGGCUGCUGCUCGAUAUUCUCCGUUUCCAGCUAAGGCCGCCAAAUAAAUAAAAGGCUUAAAGGGCGAAGAGAAAAAAAGUCUUUCUGUUUUUAAGGCAUGUGCUCGGAAUAAGUUUUGUUACUUUGCAUUCAAGAAUUCGUUUCUGGAAUGGUUAGAGUAUAUAUAGCUGUAGAGUUCAAGUAAAACGAAAUAAGCUUUUGUCUUUUUUUUUCUUUCUUACUUUUGCAAGAUUUCAUCAUAUAUAGAGAUAGAGUUUGUUAAAGUCACUUGUAAACAAAUACAAUAAGAAUACUGUAGCUGGGAAUUAAACUUGUUGCAAAAUUCGGGCUUAGUGCAGGUUCAUUUGUUUUGUUUGUUCGGCUUGUUUGAAUGUGUUUUUCUGCGGACUUGGAGAGUGACUUUUUUCUUUAAUACUGUCAACAUAUCAGUUAAUUUCUUCCCUUGGUUUUUGGAAUGCAUUGUGGUUACUUCUAAAAUUCGUGUUUCGAUUCUUUUGAGACAUUUUAGCCUCUUUAAAUAAUCGAUUUUCUAAAUUAUCUGUGACUGGCACGGCGGAGAGAUAUCCCCUUCAACCGGCUCUGCCUCUCUCUCUGACUAAAACGUGUCAUUAAAAAACACGUUCAGCUAACAAAUAACCCCGUAAUGAUGUUUUCAAUAGAACCUGUACUCUUGACCUAAAAAACAUAUUCCAGCUGUUUACGUUACACCGGAUACUCAUCAGAUUUCUCCACAUGCUUCGGCACAAACAGUACGUGAGACCAUUUAACAUAACAUAACAUAACAUAACAUACAUGUUUAUUCAAACCCAUAUAUAACUACAUAAAUUUGAAAGGGAGAGUCUAGAGGUUAACCCUAUGAACAAAACUCUCCUAAAAACAACAAACAAACAAUAAAAAUUACAACUUAAAAAAGGAUUCGAGUUUACAUUUAAAAAGUUCAAGGGUACCGGCUUCAACAACAUUACUAGGUAAAUUGUUCCAAUAACUAAUUACAUUGUUAAAAAAAGAAUAUUUAAAACAGUUGAUUCUAGAUAAUUUACAAUAAAGCUUAUACGAGUGAUUUGCCCUAGUGGAUUUGACUUUUGCGAAUUGAAAGAAUUCCUCAAAAUCCAAGUGUGAUAAGCCAAACACGAUCUUAUAACAUUCAACAAGAGAGGAAUAUGUCCUACGACUGGACAAAGAUGGCCAAUGUAACGUGUCACAAAUUCUUCAUAAGACAUAUCACCUCUUUUUUGCCUAAGAGCUAAUCUUGACGCGCGUCUUUGCACGCUCUCUAUUGCAUGAAUAUCUUUGACAAGAUAUGGGUUCCAGACUGGAGCAGCAUACUCUAGAAGUGGUCUGACCAAUGUUUUGUAAAGCAAUGAAAAAGUUGUUGUAUUAGCUGUUCCAACAGACCGUCUUAUUAGACCUAGGACUUGGUUCGCCUUAUUCACCAUAGUACUAAUAUUUGACUUAUGACGAAUUUUAAAAGCGUCGUUUCCUCAUAGCAAAGGCCUGCCAUCGGGAAAAAUGUAUAUUUCUAUGGGAGUAUCCGUCGUAAAGGUUCAUUCAGUCGUGAAUAUACAAUACAUUGGUAGGUCAUGAGUUUGAUCCAUAAUAUAGUCAAAUGAAUAUACAAUACAAUAACCUUUUUUGAAGGAGAAGACGUCAUAACAAAUUUACUGGUUUUACAACUUGAGGCCUGGCCCUGCUUGUUAAAACAUUGGAUAGAGCUAUCCAUUGGACAAAUCACUAUCCAGCGGAUAAGUAUUAGGACUAGCGAUUGCACUAUCCACUGGAUAGAGAUUUAUCAUGCACCUUUUGAACAACUGGGCUCUGGUUGAUAAAACUGAUCAUACCCCGUAAGUUCAAACGCUGGAUACUGAGUGCUUUAUAUUCACAUACGUUUCAACAGUCCAAGGGCUAAUUGUUCCGGUCCAUAUUUUACCCUGAGUGGAUAAGUAUAUUAGCCGGAUUUAUCCCGUGUGGGAUACCGUUCAACUGGCGCCUUUAUCAUGAAUAUUUAUAUACGGUAUAUUAAGAACAGACAUAAACCUAUUUUGGCGAGAAAUACCGUUGAGUAUUGUACAUUCUUGUAUUUAAAAACAGCAAAUAUAGCCGGAUUUGCCGAUUUGAAGUCAGAUGUUUUUUUAGUUUGCAAUUGGACGUUUGAAGAGAAAAACUGAAUUUCUUGAGAAAAAAGGAUUGUUGCGUUUCGAGUAAAACUUUCCGUCUUGUCUCCUGAAGGUUAUAUAGGUUAUUAUGCAGUUUGUUUAAAAAUUUGUAACGAGUGGUGGUACGUCCGUGAACAGAUUCAAUGUUGAAAUACACGCUUCAUUCAACUACAAUAGGUGACUAAAAUAUUGACCUGUUUUGACUUCAAGAUAUCACAUGGAUGAUAGGCUAGAAAGAGCGAUGAGUCUUCUUUGCCUCUCUGCGUAUAUAUUGUUACAGUAAUAGACUACUCAUAGACUGCUGCUUCACUGCAAAAAAUGCAACAUGUAUAAAGGUCAUAAGUGUUAAUUUCUCUUUUUUUCGACAUAACUAAGUACUACUAAAAAAAUUAACUAUUUGUAAAAUAAGCCACUUUUCACGAAUUGCGCGGCUGUUUUUUGGCUGUAACGAAUAUAAGUAUCAUGUAACACUUUUACCCAUUUCUGUCCUUCUGUUAGUAAGGUUGUUUGGAAUUUUGUAAGUAGUUUCUUUUUAAUUAGUUCUUUGUUAUUAGGGUAAUAAAUGUCUUGAAGAAAAAACAACAACAACAACAACAAAAACAUGUAGAAGGGUCAUAAAGUUGGAAGUGAACCACGAAAACAUAAUAUGAGGAUCUUUUGAGAUCGAGAGAUUGUCAUUAGUAAUGUAAUAGAAUUUGGCUGGAACUUAGAUAUAUUUUUAAACUUAUUCAACUCUCGACGGAGCAAAAAACGCCUCAAGUGUUGUCAUUUUAGCUACUUUACAAACUUAAAAAUAGCAUUGUUUCAAGUGGCGUUUUUGAUUAAAACAGGAAAUAGACUGAAUCGAAACUUUCGGCCACCUGUGAGUAAAUGGCAAAAAAAGGGAAGGAGACAGUUUACAUUUCAGACUGGAACAAAUUAUUUCAUGCACAAACCAAAGCAGAACAGAGCUUCUGUAAAAGCUAUGUACUUUCAUAAAAUCUAACAAUUCAUUUGUUUUAUUGAGGUUUGAUGCCAUAUUGAAGCUUUUAGUUUUUUGACCGAAAUAUUAAAGUAAGGUUUACUCUAUGAAAACGUCAAAUUUUUGACCUGCUCUUUUUUCGUUUACUCUGCUGGUGAAAUGUAUGUAAUUAACAAUAUAAUCUUAUCUAAUAAUUUAUAUCUAAUCGGUGUUCUCACCGUCCUGUGAGUGACCUAUGACCUCCGCCUUCCUGUUACGUGUCGUUGUUUGAAAACCCGAGGAAUUCAAGUCAGUUGUUUCAAUUUUUUGAAAUGUUAAAACACUUUAUUUUAAAUUGAACCUGUAUCCUUGACCUGUCUCUUUCGCCUGUGGCACCGACUGAGCAAUUGCGCACAUCGUAGAUCGCACCUGUCCAUAGACUGUGACACCACAGAGGUCUACAAAGACUGUAACGAUCGUUUGUAUGUUUGACUUUAGAGGAAAAAUGUCUGUAAAUAUCGAUAAGGUUCAGAUAAUCGUAAUACGCAAUACAUUAUAACUUUGCUUAAAGAGGCAGACGUGAUAACCUUUCUGAGGCAGUAUCUUACGCCUUUCUAAACAUUCAUGUGAUGAAUAUGUAUGCAGUAUAUCUUAAAAAGAGUCGCCAAAAUUGUAAUUUGGGGGAUAAAAGACUACUAUGUACUCAGAAAAUCAUUUAAAGGUAAAAACGCCGAAUCUAUUGAUUUGAAGGCAUGCAGGUGUUUGCAUUAGACGUUUAGCCGGACUUAAGAAGAUUAAAUCAAUACACUCUCCAGAAAUGCCUAUAUUUAAAAAAAAAAUGUUAAAACUAAAUCAUCACAUAUUACUAAUCUCAAACUCUUUUUCAGUUGUAAUUAAAUAGCCGUCGGCGUUAGUUUUUGUGAAAUCAAUAACAAGAUCUUAUUAACUGAGCACGUAUACCUAAUCAAAAUACCAAAUGUUAACCAAUGAAAUAAAUAAUGAGAGCGUUUAUUGCAAAAGAAAUUUCUAAAGUUCAGAAAGGCUAUAAAUUUUGGAUAACCGUUCCAUGCUCACGUUAAAUCCCUGGGCUUAUAUAUAACUUCAUAAGGGGUUUGGGGUGGGGGGCUUAUAUCCGGGGGGUGCAUAUAAGCGGAAUAGAAACAAAAACGUUUCGGAAGGACCCGAUAAGACAUUCAUCGUUCGUCACUCCAAAACAUUGGAGUUGAACAGAUGUGUUGCAAACGAGCAGUGGAAACAGGGAGAUAUACUGUACCCAAGACUCCCAAACACUUUUCUUGCACUCUGUAUGAAACGCUUCGAAACAAAUUUUUUGAUAAAAUCAUUAAAAAAUAUAUUAACUUUUUUAACGAUUUUGUUGUAAAAUCAUAAAUUUUGCUGAAUUAUAGACACUAUCAUGUAAUUUCCAAAGUGACAUAACCAAUUAAUUAACUGUUUCCUUUUUUAGAAAUAGGCAAUGCCAUGUAUGUAAAUGGGAAUAUCUUUUAAUAAAUUGUUUUUAUUAAUUGUUGUUGUUGUUGUUACUUCAUGUAACUUACGCUGUGUUUUACUGAUGUUAGCUUCACUAGAAUCCCAGCAACAGUUUUGUAGACAACCUUGGACAUAAGAGAUCGAGCUAAUCUAUCCUUAUACGGGAAAAAAGACUUGAUGUUACGACCAGCUCUAUGAUUGACGCUUUCUAUUUGCCGGGUGCUGCCCUGGUGCUUGGUCAUCAGCGGGACAGAAAAAAAGCCUGAAAAAGCAUUUUUGUUUGCAAACCUUUGUUGUUUUAAUUAACAUCAAUGAUCGUAUUCAGUAUAAUUAAUAAGAUGUCACUUAACUGUUAACUUUUCAUUUCUCAGUUAAGUACAAAAUUUUUGGCCAAUUAUCAGUUAACUACUAUUAACCCCACUGGCACCCUACGUUUUCAACAAAGUUCAUCAAAAGUCACGUGAAACUACACGUGAAAUCUGACGCUAAGAAGGUGAAUUUGCUCGUGACACACCCCAGAAGAUAUCCGGUAACCCUACUACACUCUCCAGAAAUACGAGUAUAUUAAAAAGUUUUAAAAAUUAUCACAUAUCUCAAAUAUUGCAAAAACGAGGACGGCACGAAAUUCUGUGUAACAAAUUCGUGCCGUCUGAGUUUGUCUUUAGGCAAUCUCAUUUGGUGGCCUUCUGCUGCUAGCCUGUGCCAGACUCUCAGAUAGUAUAGUGCGGAUCAGGAUGUAUUAAAAUGAGCAAAGCUAAAAAUAAGACGCGCGCGACUUUGGAAAUGGGGCGGUGUCUCUCCCCAGCCCCCGCGCGUUUUUCGCGUUUCUUUUCACUGAACGACUUUUCACCACUAUCUCGGAGCCUGGAACAGGCUAUCUGCUGCCGGCUUAAUCACCCAUUAAAUGAGCACGUGCUAAAAAAAAGAAAAUUAAAUAACGCGUGUAAGCCACGUGAUACCGAAUAAACAGUGAUAGAAGUGCUAAUUGUAAAAAUAAAAAAUAAAAAUAAAAAUAAAUAAAUCUACAGGUCGGAAGGAUUACAAUUUCGGGAUGACCGUUCCAUCCGGAUAUAUUUGCACUUGUAUGGAAACUUAUGAUUUGUUCACAUUUUAUCCCCCAAAUACUGGAGGCUACUAGAUAAUUGUUAAAAAGAAUUAUUUCAAAUUGCGUUUCGAGUUAGACUUUCUUACGGCGUGCUUUUGUAAUUAUCAAGUUUUAAAAAAUUCACGCGGUGGCGUGCGUCCGUGAACAGAUUCAAUUUUCAAAUAAACGCUUCAUUCAACUACAAUCGGCGACUAAGUUCGUGACCUGUCUUAACUUAAAGAUAUCACAUGGAUAAUGGGCUAGCAAAAAAUAAUCCUUUCUUUUGCCAAAAAGCGUUAUGUAAUAGACGUUAUGUAACAGACUACUCAAAGACGUGCUGCCUCUCUCUGCAAAAAAGCAACACUGAUGUACUGAAAGUUCGGAAAAAAGAGCGAAAACAUAAAAUGAGGACCUUUUGAAGAUCGAGAGAUUGUCAUUAGUAAUAUUAUAAAUAAAUAAAAUUUGGCUGUGACAGAUGUAUUUUUUUUCUUGUCGUUAUAAACUCUGAAACAAAAAGACCCUCGAUUGUUUGGUUGCAGCAAAUAUAGCCUGACUUUACAAACUUCAACAUUGCUUCGCUUUAGAGAGCCUGAAGAGGCAAGAAACUGCUGGCGUUUCAGACUGGAACAUUUUUUUUUUACAAAAAGAAAAAGCAUAAAUGUAAAAUAAGCCAAAGCAUAACAGAACUGCUCCCGUGUAGCUCUGCGUGUGCAAAAAUUGUUUGUUCGAAGAAAGUUUUAAUUAACAAAUCGGUUGUGAAAAUGACUGUUUGCUGCCAUAUCAUUUCUCUACAAUGAUGUAAUUUAACAGAAGUAUACCUGGAAGUAUACAAGAUGAUACAAGGUCAGCAAGUUUAACCCCGCCCAGUUUUUUUACUCCCACUGUUAAUGAUAUUAUGCUGCAUCGGUUUUAGACAUGGUAUGAUAGACAUAUUGUUCUGCGCACUAUAUAAUGUUAGCUUUGUUUCAAAAGCUUUCUGGAUCGUAAUUGGUUGAAGUAAAUUUCGGGUGUGACAUUCAGUUUUAUAGCAGCGAACUCAAAGCCGAGUUGCCAUACACCCUGGUGAUUUGGAAGAGAGCAGAUCGAAAACAACAAGAACUGUAAGGUUUAUAUCUUACUUCAAGUCUACCAUUAUGGUAAGUUCUGAACAGGAAAAGAUUUUACAAUGUAUUUUUGAAUUAAUAAUUCUUAUUGUUUGUUUUACCCACGACCGAACUUAUUUCCAGUUCUUGACCGAUCAUUGAUCGACUAGUUUCGCCAAAAUUAUUUACAUUCCGCAGACUGCAACAAAAGACGUGAAAGAUGAAAUGAAGAUUAAACUUCAUAUGGACGGUGACGUUAACGGGUACAUGUUCAAGAUUGAAGGAAAUGGACAAGGAAGGCCUUACGAGUAAGUAAAAAAAAAAUUAGAUCAUUGAAAGCAGGCUUCAGAUCUCAGUUGCUUCAAACUGGUAUGUUCAGAAGAGAUUUCAGUAUACAUUUUUGGUUUUGCUUGUAAAAUUAGUCUGACCUGACCCUAUGUCUUUCAGCCAUAGCACUACAGACAAAAUAUGCUGUUUUAGCUUCCUAGCCUUUGAUCAUUAUGGCAAUUAAAGAACUAAAAACCUGGGAAGUCUUACUAAGGAAGCCUUUUAGAAGUUUCUUCCUGACCUUGCCAAGAAAUCGAUAGCUAAAACUUACCUAACCUUGCUAUCUGUUUUUCACAAGAAUUUACGACUAAAAGUCACGAAAAGUUGAAAAUUUGUUUUUCUUCAGUUAAAAAUGCCAGAUCGCAAGGUCUGAGUGAGUUUUGUACGUUUUUCUAAGCCAAGGAGAAUUUACUUUAAAAAAACCUUUUUUGUCUAAAUAUCUAUUGUUAUUUAGGGCUGAACGACACACCCUGUGAGGUGUGGUCAGAUCAUGAAGUGUCUUGCCAUUACACCCUUCCCUUUCUACAUUAUCAUGUGAUUUCAGCAAUGUUCCUUUUUCCCAAGCAAGCAGUAGGACUGACUCAGUGUGAAAUACUGAGUUGUAAAAAAAAAAAGUCAUUUACUCAGACAAUACAGUGUUUUAGGAUAUAAAUGAAAGUUCACGACAUAACCAGGGAAACUGAACUUUCCCGGAAUUUAUGGUUUUAAAACCUUUCAGUUAUGGCCUAUCAAAAGCGAAAUAAAGAUUUACUUGACGUUGAUACGAAGUGGGCAAAAUUGCGGUCGUAUGUGCGUUGCAUAUAAAUUCUACAUUUUCUUUCAGAUUUGAUUUGUCGUUCAUCUUUUUUUAGGGGAGUACAAACUAUAAAUCUUACAGUUACAAAUGGCGGACCUCUUCCUUUCGCUUACGAUAUUCUCACAGCAGCGUUCGAGUACGGCAACAGGGUAUUUACGCAAUACCCACCAGACAUACCAGACUAUUUCAAGCAGACUUUUCCUGAUGGGUAUUCCUGGGAAAGAACCAUGGAAUUUGAAGACGGCGCCAAAUGUGAAGUUAAAAGCGUCAUCAGGUUAGUAAAUUCUAAAACAUGCAGUACUUAGUACUUAAGUCUUUUACGUCGUUGUGGUCCUCCACCUUUUUCAUCUAGCUUUGAUAUGAUUUUUUUGCGGUCUAAAUUGUUGAUUCGACCAGUUGAAACUAUUGUUUUUAGCUUUCCUAUCGCCUCCAUGCUUUGAGGCGAAUCUUUGUUUAAACUUUUUGCCUCAUUAACAUAUGCCUAUCACUAUCUGGUGAUGCUAACAUAAAAACUCUAAAUAUUGAAAGGGCAUAACAGUUUCAGUUAUCUCUGAAAAUUUGAGCCCAAUACACCUAAUGGUUUCGGAGAAAUCCUCUACUAAAAACUCGAAAUUUACAGAGAAUGACAUGGCUCAUUAAAGUUUUUGCCACACAGCGAUUUCGCAGUUUUUGAUGGCUGACAUUUCCUUCAAUAUUGCUUGCAAAGGACUGAAAAUUGUACAAAUUGCCCAACUUAAUUAGCUCUUUCAACUUUUGCAUUUAAUUAAUAUAUACGGCCACGGCUUCUAUGAGUUAAGUUCAGGGCGGAUAAAGGUUGGGCGCUGAAACGAGCGCGUCCGAGCAAAAAGGUGUGAUGCAGUGGACUGGGACUCUGCUUAGAAAUGUCCCUUGUUUUCGACCUCGGUCAGGGCUUGCGAUGUGGUUUGUACAUUAGACACUGCCACUGUCACUGAAUUAUGGCGGCUUGAUUUGUUAUCUUGCACUUCUUCCUCGCUCCUUUGUGCUGGUACGCUGUCUCCGAGAGGCAAAUGUUGCUAUUUUUGCGGGAGGUUUAGUUGGAGUAGAUAAACAUCUCUUUCAAAGGGUUUCUUUUAUUACUUCCAUGACUCUACCACUGAAUUAUAUUUUCGUUCUGCUACUCGCCAUUGUCGAUGUUAUUCCAAAACAGAAACAACUAAGUACUGUCUAAAGCACGAAGGAAAAUCUCAUCCGUGGCAAAACUAAAAGGCAGCAGAUCGUGUUUCAUAACUAGAUGACGUGUAUUUUAUAACUGCGUGCAGCUCGUGCAAGGUGAAAUUAUGCUAAUUUCAAUCACCAUCAUCCUUCUUUUUAAUUUUGAAAAAAGCAUCUCAUACGUCUUUCUGUUUCUUCGAAACUUCAAAAUUAGUUUCCCCCUUAGUUUUUAUCGUUUAUCUUGUUUUGUUUUAGAGAGAAAAACGGAGAAAAAACCUUACAACUAACCUCAAUAAAUUUUGUUUACAUGCGGUUGCCGGAUUUGUAACGCAUUGCGCCAAUCGCCAUGGAGUGUUGCACCCGAGAAGCAAAGUUUGAAGAAGUACAACGCCACUAUAUCAAUAUAUAUCUAUCUAAUUUUUUGUUAUGUUAUAUAAAAUUUAUUCCCCUUUAACAUAUGUAAAAAUUGAGGUUAAGAAGUAUUAAGCUUUUGCAAACGAAACGGGGAAAGACGAUUAGGUGAUAUUCAGAUAUUACUGGAAGAAGGAGGUAUUCAACACUUUCAAAUUAAACUCAAAUUUUGGCAUUAUACGACCAACAAGUUUGACUUAUAGACGUACCGACACAAACAUAUGAAACUGUUUAUUGAUAUUGUUAUGAAAUGAAUUUAUCCAUUUAACAUUGUAGCCUGGAAUCACAGAAAAAAAAAAUAGGAUUUCCGGUUUGCAAAAAGGAACAUUUCGCCGGCCUUCAAGCGCACCGGAAGCGCGGAAAGAGCGCUCGUGCCAGUCCUACUCCGCAUCACACAUUAAAUGAAGAGCGGAGCGCUCGUUUCACCGCCCAACCUUUAUCCGCCCGAUCCGCCCUGGUUAAGUUGUAUGACAAUGUGGAAAAAUGUAAACAAUGACGUCAGCAAAGAUUCGCCUCAUACUGGCCAGGAUAGUGUCUUUGUUUUAAAAAUGUUUCAACUAGAAUUGCAAGGCUCUUCGUAAAAAGAAAACAAAAGGAAAAACAGCAACAACAACAACAACAAAUUUUUAUGUUUUAUUUAAGUAGUACAUAAGUUGUUAAGAAUGUUUUUGGUAUCUUUCGCAUUGUCGCACACACUUAGUAAAUCUCGCCCCUCUUUCAUCAGCUUGCCGAAAGCGGGCUGUUUUGAAUAUAAGAUUGUCUUCAAUGGGAUGGGCUUUCCUCCCAAUGGUCCAGUUAUGCAGAAGAAGACUGUGAAAUGGGAGCCAUCCACUGAGAUGAUGUACAUGUGUGGUGGGGAACUGAAGGGUGAUGUUAACAUGGCCCUGUUGCUUGAGGAUGGUAGCCAUCAUCGAUGUGACUUCAAAAGCACUUACAAGUAAGUGUUUACGUCUUAAGUGUUCUGAUGAAUCUAACGCAAGCAAUAGAAAACGUUUUUUGUGCUUGCAUACUGAUGUACCACUUGUUUUGCAAAAAAAAGAUGUUAUCAAAGUGCGAAUUUUUCUUGCUAAAAAUCAGUGUCUUAAAAGGAUUUCUUUCUGCUUUAGAAGUCUGUUUGGUUAAUUUGGAGCUGCCAUACAACUAUGAAUCUAGUGUUCAGAUGUCUAAAGGGAACUUUCGGGUCAUUUCGAUAUUUCUAAGCAAUAUUCAGUGCUCCUUAAAGUAGUAUAUCUUGCAGGAAACGGCAGUUUGGAGUUGGGUACCCUUCUGAACACGCCACCUUAAGCAAAAAAAAAAAAAAAAAAAGAUGCCGCAAAUUUGUUUAAGAGAUCGUCCUUAAGCAGUUGAGGAAAUUGAUAAAUAAGACAGUUAGAUUACUCGAGUUUCCAUCUCCUAAAACUUUUCCAAUUGGUACGUGCUUAUAAAUAAGGGAUAAUCGCCCACGCAGCAAAAUCUUGUAUGACAUUUCAACUAUAAUUUCAUAUUCCCUCAGUGCCAAUAAACAAGCCUGCAGCUAAUCAGAGCGUGCAUUUUGUCUUAGGGCGCUUACCAUUUGUCAGAACUGGCUGGCCAGACUAGUCCAAUCCUAAGGAGAAAUGCAGUAAUAAUCAGGGCUAUCCAGCCAGAUCAGUGUAUUCCUAAAUUGUAUGCUUGGAUGUGAUGGGCUUUAGUAGAAAUUUCGAGGAAAGACUGAUGUUGCAUUUCAAAUUAACUGCUCCUGAUUUUUGCAAAGUGCUCUAUUUAGUUAUUCUACAUAAGGAAUAAGCAACAAAAUUCCAUCAAGACAUCGGAAUUAAGCCGUUAACUUGUAAUUUUAGUAUUCGGUUAAAAUACAUGUUCGCGGAACCUUAUGAAGUACUGUUUUGUGCUGAUCUCAGUUCUUUUCUUUUUUGCAGAGCUAAGAAGCCUGGUAUUCAGUUGCCGAAAUAUCACUACAUAGACCAUCGCAUUGAGAUUUUGGAGCAAAAAGAUAAUUACAACCAGGUUGUGCUGUAUGAGAAGGCUGCUGCUCGAUAUUCUCCGUUUCCAGUUAAGGCCGCCAAAUAA